GGAGGGAGCCGGGGAGGGAAGAGAGGGAGAGGGAGAGAGAGAGAGAGAGAGAGAGAGAGAGAGAGAGCGCGGCGCGGAGGUUGAGAGAGGCCCCGAGAGAUAAAGCCGGAGGGCAGAAAUUAUUAGGGGGCGCGGGACGAGAGGAGGGGCCAGGGGAGCGAGCCCGCGGCUAGAGAGGCAAGCGAGUGUGCGCCUUGUGUGCAAGGGCGGGAGGGAGGAGAGAGAGCCGGCGGCGGCCCCGCUCGCGCCGACUCGGGCCCAGCGGCGGGCGGACAGCAUGCUGAGCCUCCUCAUCUGGAUCCUCACUCUCUACAACACUUUCUCACAAGGGCUUUAGGAAUGACUCUGGAGAGCCCUAGAACAAGUCUAAUGACCUGCCAAUCAAGCCUGCUCCCCGAGAAGCCCAGGUUUCUGAGUAAGAAGAUGUGGGCUCCACACUUAGUCGUUGCUUAUCUUAUCUUUGUGACUUUGGCUUUGGCUUUGCCCGGGACUCAGACUCGCUUCAGCCAGGAGCCAGCUGAUCAGACCGUGGUGGCCGGACAGCGGGCAGUGCUCCCAUGUGUGCUCCUCAACUACUCUGGGAUUGUACAGUGGACCAAGGACGGGUUGGCUCUGGGUAUGGGCCAGGGCCUCAAAGCCUGGCCACGGUACCGGGUCGUAGGCUCUGCAGAUGCUGGGCAAUACAACUUGGAGAUCACAGAUGCCGAGCUGUCUGAUGACGCUUCCUAUGAAUGCCAGGCCACGGAGGCUGCCCUGCGCUCUCGGCGGGCCAAACUCACCGUGCUCAUUCCUCCAGAGGAAACAAGGAUUGAUGGGGGCCCCGUGAUUCUGCUGCAAGCAGGCACCCCCUACAACCUCACUUGCAGAGCAUUUAAUGCCAAACCUGCUGCCACCAUCGUUUGGUUCCGGGAUGGGACACAACAGGAGGGGGCUGUGACUAGCACGGAGCUGCUGAAGGAUGGGAAAAGGGAGACCACAGUCAGCCAACUGCUCAUUGAGCCCACAGACCUAGACAUUGGCCGCGUGUUCACCUGUCGCAGCAUGAAUGAGGCCAUCCCCAAUGGCAAGGAGACAUCCAUUGAGCUUGAUGUGCACCACCCUCCCACAGUGACUCUGUCCAUUGAGCCCCAGACAGUGCUGGAGGGUGAGCGUGUCAUCUUUACAUGCCAGGCCACAGCCAACCCAGAGAUCUUGGGCUACAGGUGGGCCAAAGGGGGCUUCUUGAUUGAAGACGCCCAUGAGAGUCGCUAUGAGACAAACGUUGACUAUUCCUUCUUCACGGAGCCUGUGUCUUGUGAGGUUUAUAACAAAGUCGGAAGCACCAAUGUCAGCACUUUAGUGAAUGUUCACUUCGCCCCCCGGAUUGUAGUUUACCCAAAGCCCACCACCACAGACAUUGGAUCUGAUGUGACCCUCACCUGUGUCUGGGUUGGGAACCCUCCCCUCACCCUCACCUGGACCAAGAAGGACUCAAACAUGGUCCUGAGUAACAGCAAUCAACUGUUGCUGAAGUCAGUGACCCAGGCAGACGCCGGCACCUAUACCUGCCGGGCCAUCGUGCCUCGGAUCGGAGUGGCUGAGCGAGAGGUACCGCUUUAUGUAAAUGGACCUCCUAUCAUCUCCAGCGAGGCGGUGCAGUUUGCUGUGAGAGGUGACGGUGGUAAGGUGGAGUGCUUUAUCGGGAGUACCCCACCUCCGGAUCGAAUUGCAUGGGCAUGGAAGGAGAACUUCCUCGAGGUGGGGACCCUGGAACGCUACACCGUGGAGAGGACGAACUCAGGCAGCGGCGUGCUGUCCACGCUCACCAUCAAUAACGUCAUGGAGGCCGACUUCCAGACCCACUACAACUGCACUGCCUGGAACAGCUUUGGACCAGGCACAGCCAUCAUCCAGCUGGAAGAGCGAGAGGUGUUACCUGUGGGCAUCAUUGCCGGGGCCACCAUCGGCGCCGGCAUCCUGGUCGUCUUCUCUUUUGCUGCCUUGGUGUUCUUCCUCUACCGACGUCGCAAAGGCAGUCGAAAGGAUGUGACGUUGAGGAAGCUGGACAUCAAGGUGGAGACGGUGAAUCGGGAGCCACUUACGAUGCACUCUGACCGGGAGGAUGAUACCGCCAGCAUUUCCACAGCAACGCGGGUCAUGAAGGCCAUCUACUCGUCCUUUAAGGAUGAUGUGGAUCUGAAGCAGGACCUGCGCUGUGACACCAUUGAUACCCGGGAAGAGUAUGAGAUGAAGGAUCCCACCAAUGGUUAUUACAAUGUGCGCGCCCACGAAGAUCGCCCAUCCUCCAGGGCGGUGCUGUAUGCAGACUACCGCGCCCCUGGUCCUACUCGUUUUGAUGGGCGCCCAUCAUCCCGCCUCUCCCACUCCAGUGGUUAUGCCCAGCUCAAUACGUACAGCCGGGCCCCUGCCUCUGACUAUGGCACAGAGCCUACACCCUCUGGCCCUUCUGCUCCGGGUGGCACCGACACGACCAGCCAGCUGUCGUACGAGAACUAUGAGAAGUUCAACUCCCAUCCCUUUCCCGGGGCAGCUGGGUAUCCUACCUACCGUCUAGGCUACCCCCAGGCCCCACCCUCUGGCCUGGAGAGGACCCCCUAUGAAGCGUAUGACCCUAUUGGCAAGUAUGCCACCGCCACUCGGUUCUCCUACACCUCUCAGCACUCAGACUAUGGCCAGCGAUUCCAGCAGCGCAUGCAGACUCAUGUGUAGAGGCUGGAUCUGGCUGGGGUAUCUCUGCGGGGCAGAGGAGAUGGCUUCCCAGCUGCUCCCUGACAUUCAGGGACAUUGCUCAUUGCUCCUUUCGUGAACCCAGCCUUUCUCCUCCAGGCCAUCACAAAUAAGGAGCAGGUCUCCCAGUAACAUCCCAUCCCAAGGAUGGUGCUCUGUGCAGGCCCCAGUCUCCCGGGCCUGCCCUUUCCUCUCCUUCAGGAGGAUGUCUCUUCUGACCUUUGCUCUGCCUGACCCAAGCAUGGGGAAAGGAGAGGGGAGGUUGGGGAAGGGGAGGAGAAGGGAGAGGAGAAGAACACAUUUUAUCAUUUCCUAUCUGUCCUCCUCCUCUGGUCUCCCAUAAGAGGGCAUGGAGCUAAGCUGAGGCAGGCAGGCUGCUGGAACGUGGGACAGCCCACCAGUCCCGGUCUUGAUUUCUUUUAUACCUUGUGUUCAUCUUUCCCAUCUCAGGGGGUUACAGAUGGAACGAGUUCAAAUCCAGCCUUUGGUCAGUUGGGGUCAAAUGCCAGUCUCCCUGGCUGCUGUGGUGUCCAUCUGUCUGAGUGAAGAGGGCUUCAAAAAUCCAGAUGUGUCCUGGAUGUGAGCAAGGAGGGGUCAGGGCCAUGUUUUGGUUGACAGGCAAAGGGCCUUGGUGUAGUACAUUGCAGUUCCCAGAUCCACCACUAGUGGGAGCCACACAAGCUUCUUUCCUGGUAUCUGUCCCACUUCUUGGUGUUAACUCUCGAGCCUUGGAGAGUUGGGUGGAGCAGAGGCUACUUUUCAUGGGGCUAUUUUUCCAAAGCAAUAAAACCUCAUUUGGAAAGAAAAGCUGUAGGGGUUUCCCCCACUAUACACAAGUCCCCAUGGAAAAGAAAGGGGCACCUGCCCUCCGCCUGAAUCCUAACUCCUUAUAUUACUAUAUCCGAGUCUCUAAGCACUUUGAAUCUAGUAUAUACAUCCAAAUGGUGAGACCUGCCUGCUGGUGGAUUCUGGUGAUAGGGUUAAGCAAUGUCCGAGUCUCAGACUCAGCUAUCCUACCCUGUUUAUCAUAGCUAGAAACUACCUUGCAGAUGGUGUGAUAGAUGCUUUAUCCAGACAAAUUUUUGUUUUUGUCUCCUCCUCACUGCCCCCAAGCCCCGACCAAUCAGAUUCCUUCUUCCAUUUUCAGUGCCUUGAGUGUCAGGUUUGUGAUGAUAUCCCUGUGUGGGGAGCAGGGACCUUGGGAGCUUGAGCUUGCCCCAUGUUAGCAUCCAAGGAGAGUCAAGUGAGAGGAUGUGAGGGAAAGGGGACCUGGAAAUGGUCGAGAAGGAAACUUCCUACUGAUCUAGAUAGAGAUCCUAGUGCAGAACAACACGAACGGCACUGAAUUCCAUGGGCCAUGCUGUCUUCUCCCACACAGCAUGCACACAUGAGCGCGCACACAUUUCAUACCACGUCUCAUCUACCACCUUCUGACCAAAGAGAAUCUGUAACUCGUAGCUCAGCCUCAUCUCCCCAGGAAAACAACUGCCCAACAGGAGUCUACCAUCCGUGUCCCCGCUGAGGCCUGUGCGGUGGGAGGGCGUAGUCCCAGAAUGCGCCUUGCUUUUUCUCAUUGGUCACCAUUCGUUAGUCAUGUUUACUUUAAUGAGCUACAUCUUCAUCAGGCAUGGUCCAUCACUAACCUUCUAGAUGGGCCUGUGGGGUGAUAUUCGAUAAGGACCAGGUACUAUCCGGGAAUCAGGGAGCCCCGUUUCCAGCCUGGCAGGCAGCUGCUGCUUCCUCCUCUCCUCCUCCUCCGGUGAGUGCAUGCACAGAGCAGGCCCUUUCUGCAGCAGGGACAGACUUGUAGCUGCAUCCCAGUUCAGAAGACUCACGCUCACAGAACCCUUUCGUGAGAGCUCAGUGGGGCCGUGGGUUUGCAGUGUAGGUCCUUGUGAAUAUGGACUCACGCAGGCUUUCAUAUUCUCUGACCCCUGAGGCCAUGGGUGAGCCAAACACUUCUGAGGUCUACAUAGAGUGGCCUUUUAAGCAGCAGUGCUCCGUAAAGCCGUCAUCUUGUCUGGGGUUUGGCUUGAUUCUCUUGUUUCUCUCUGAUUUAAGUAGUAGGUCCCUCCUAUGGAAACAAGAGCAUCACUAAGGAAAACUCUGGGAGUCAAGCGCACAGCCGUGCAAGGGACAGGAAGCAGCAACUGAGACAGACUCCUGCCACUCGCACUCUGCAAUCAGAAUCAGAGUUGGGCCCUGCUGAGUGACCAGUGUCGCUUGUCGGGGGAGUUGAAAGUCCCUUAAUCGAGAGGCUCUUCCGUCUGAAGCUAGUGUCUUCCAGCAUGUUGGUACUUUGAGUCUAAGCACCCCGGGUGGUGUUGCUUUAGUUGAAGGAAUAAGGAACCAAGAGUGGAGAGAUCCAGGAUCCCAUUCUGCGGCUGCCGUUUGCAGGGGUAACCCUGAUCUGACCUUAUUUUCCUUGCUUCCAUCUUCUGGUCUUUCCCUAAACCUUUUCUCUGUUGGCUGUGUUCAUCUGGGGCAGGAGACUGCCCAUUCCUCGGGAACAGAAAGCAGUCGUGGUGAGGCUCGGAGCAGGGAGGCACUGCCUGCUAGAAGGAGCUGUAACCACCAACUUCUUGAUCUUGUCUGUCACCCUGCCCCUGAGUGAAACGAAGCUAUCGGUGUUGCUCCUGUCUUAGAUUCAGUAGGCUGCUGUGAUCAUGGUAGGGCCCGGUUACGGAUACGGUCUGCAGCAGCACAUUCGGACUGAGAGAGGCAGAGAAACUGUCUUCCACUUCGGUCUUCAGGAGCAGUCACCUGGCCUAAAGACUGCUCUCCCUGUUCCCCAACAAGGUGAAGCCUACAUUCCCCCCGCAGUCUUCAAUCAGAAAGCAGGGGAGAGAGAGCAGCUGACCCCGCCCUGUAGACUGAAAGGGAUGUUCUUUAGUGGGAAGAAGGGGCUAGUGGUUUUGAUAAUAAGCGCUGAAUAUGCUAAAGGUUCUUGUGGCUCUGGGUAUGCCUCACCCUUUGUAGAGAACCCAGCCUGCUUGCUGAAUCCUGGUCCCCACCCCAUCCCCACCACCACCAAAGUCUAACUACAGACUAUGCAUGAAGCAGGAACAAGCUCGCAGGAGCGGGGGCAAUGCUCAGCUUUCAUAAGUCUGAGUCGGAACAAAACACAUGAGCUCAACUAAUGUGAUUCUGGGUGAGACAGGGCACAAUGACCCGUGUCUUGCCCCUUGUGCUCUGUCAGGAGCCAUAGCUCCUGGGAUCCUUAAGAUGGAAGUGGGUGACCCGUGUACACUUGGUCCCCUACAUAGCAAUGUUAGGCAAUUGGGAUUUAUAGAAACUCCCGUUAAAGCCAAAGACCGCGUUUGGGCAUGUAACGUCUACUGGCUUAGUCACUGCCUCAACCUGCUGUGUGAGCAGUUCUGUCCCUAUGAGUAAAUUGCAUGAACUCCCAAGGCCACUGCAGGCUCGAAACACCUGCUUUCCCUACUUUUCCAUUUCUGUGGAAUCCGAGGCCAGGCGCUACACCCAUCAAGCCAUGCACUGAUGGUAAUAAAAUCCUGGGGACACAGACCUCAAGACUCCACUGGGGAUGCAUUUACUGUUAUGAAAGGACUCUAAAGUUGUCACCUAAACACCACAUUCCCUUCUCCCUGCGAUUUUUUUUUUCUCCUCUUCUAAAGACAUAUAUUCUGACCAGUGCUGGCUGAGUUUCCUCAGCCUGCUGCUGACACCACCCGUGGGCCAGUAAAGAGGACUGAGGUCUGUGGCUUGUAUGGAUUUGAGGGGAGGGCACAGCAUUCAGUUUUCCUGCAUCACUGUGAGGGAACCCCAGGCUUCUUUCCCAAGGGAAAAUAAUUUUACACAGAAGACAGAGGCCAUACUAGAAAGUCCUGGUGCAAACCUGCUCUUACUAAAAGUAAUGACUUCGUAUGCACAGAACGCCCCUUACCAGUCCUGGCUUUUAAACCAUCUUAGGUUUUUAAUGCUCACAACCGCUGGCCUUUGCAAACUGGUGGCCAGACUGUUCCAUUGGUUUCAGGAGCUGUCCAUCACCUCUGGGAAUACCAGGACUGAAGGGGGCGGGGAAGGGGGAGCAUUCAGUUUGCUGAUGCAAUCAAAUACAUAGGCUUCUUAGCAAAAAUGACCCACAAGGCCUCCACUUUUAACAAGGUACCCAGGUCAAACUGCUGACCCCAAUCAUUCCUGGUACUGUUAUCUCCAUUCUGACGCCUAUUGAAUCUUCUCUACCAAAAUCCUCCUCAUAAACGGAUCCAUGAUGACAAGUAAGAGAAAAAAUAAGUAUUUUUGUUAGGACAAACCAUCAUAGAUUUUUAGCAAUGUGUAUCUGUGUGUCCUGUAUGCCUUUCCUAUUCUGACAUUUUUUUCAUUUCUUUUUUUUUUAAAAAAAAUAUUGUGUACUAUAUUUUUAGUCUCAAACACACUAUAUAUUAUAUAUUUAAUUUUAUAUAUAUAUAAAUAUAAAUGUUUUAAAAAGUA